AUGACAGAAUCACCUGCAAUUGACUUUGACGUGUUAUUUUACGAUCAUUUAAUCAAAGAAGAACCAAAAUUGGUAAAUAAAGUGUUCAGUGCGCAACGACGAGAUGAAUUAGAAAAGAGACGACGGUCAUCUGGUAAUUUUAAGCCGCUUAAAGAGGUUGUAAAGGAGUAUAAUAAAAUUGUAUGUCGAAAACGUAGCGCGAAUGGUAUUAUCAGUAAUUCACCAAUUGUUAAGAAAGCUCUAAGACAAAAUGAAAUGGAUGAUUCAAGCGGUAGCUCAGAUAGCGAGGAUCCAAUCAAGCAGGCUGCGACGAAGAUAAUCAAGAGUGGAGGAACAAAACGGCCUCCUGUUCCAUCAUCAUCUUCAAGUUCUGAUUCUGAUACUGAUAUUCCUGGACAAAUGAUUUCGAAAACAGUUAAAUUACCACAAACAAAAUUGUCCGGAUUCAGUAAUUUAUUAAUCACAACAAAGAAGGACGCGAAAAUUGCCAAACUCUCUCCAUCGCUUAAUCUCUUGACAGCAAAGAAGCAAAUGAAAAAGGAUAGUUCUAGUUCAUCAAGCGGUUCAGAUGAGGUUACGAAGGAAGAAAUUAAAAUUUCAUCAACUGCAAAACAAGUUGUAUCAAAGAAGGAUUCGUCGACAAGUUCUAGCAGUGACGACAGUAAUAGUGCCACAAAAAGGAAAUUACUGCAAAGUAGGCCCGGAAAGCCAAUCAGUGUUUUGUUUAACUCUAAUUUGAAGAAUAGUGUGGUUCCAGGAAGCUCAUCUGACACUAGUACUGAUGAUAAUGAUGGUAUGGGUUCGAAUGUAAAAGAAAAAAUUACUGGAGGAGCAAUUUCAGUUGCACCAUCUGCUAGUUUAGGAAAUGCGGUUGUUGCAAAAAGAUUGCCUAGAAGUUCAUCUGAGAGCACUUCAAGUGAUGAUGAUGCAGAUAAGAGUUCCAGGCCAUUAGUGCAAGGAGGUGUUUUCGAGAAAGCUGUUUCAACUGCGCGAAGCGCUAAUGUAAGAAGUGCAGCUGUUGCAAAAAAAUCUGAAAGUUCUUCUGAUAGCACUUCUAGCAGUGAUGAUGAUGCGGACAAAAGCCUAGGACUGAGAAAUGGCAUUAGGAAAGCAAUGCCAGCUACGCUAGGUGCUAAUGCGAAAAAUAUAGUCCCUGCAAAAAAAUUGGCUGAAAGUUCAUCUGACAGCACUUCAAGUGACGAGGAUAAUAAUACAAAUGAGAACGUGAAGCCACCAAUGCAGGGGAAAGCUCUGGAGAAAGCAGUUCCAGCAACAUUAAGCGGUAAUUUAAAGAACACGGCUGUUACGAAGAAACCAUCUGAAAGUUCUUCUGACACCACUUCUAGCAGUGAUGAUGAUGCGGACAAAAGAUUGAGGCCAGGAAAUGUUCCCAAGAAAGCAAUGCCAGCCACGCUAAGUGCUAAUGCGAAAAAUAUAGUUCCUGCAAAAAAAUUGGCUGAAAGUUCAUCUGACAGCACUUCAAGUGACGAUGAUGAUAAUGCAAAUAAAAGCGUGAAGCCACCAAUGCAAGGGAAAGCAGUUCCAGCAACAUUAAGCAGUAAUUUGAGGAAAGCAGCUAUUACGAAAAAAUCACCUGAAGCUUCCUCUGACAGCACUUCUAGCAGUGAUGAUGAUGCGGACAAAAAGUUGAGGCCAGGAAAUGUUGCCAGGAAAGCAGCUCCAGCUACUGUAAGUGCUAAUGCGAAAAAAACGAUUCCUGCAAAAAAAUUGGCUGAAAGUUCAUCUGACAGCACUUCAAGUGACGAUGAUGACACAAAUGAGAACGCGAAGCCACCAAUGCAGGGAAAAGCUCUGGGUAAAGCAAUUCCAAUAACAUUAAACGGUAAUUUAAAGAACACGGCUGUUACGAAGAAACCAACUGAAAGUUCUUCUGACAGCACUUCUAGCAGUGAUGAUGAUGCGGACAAAAGGUUGAGGCCAGGAAAUGUUCCCAAGAAAGCAAUGCCAGCCACGCUAAGUGCUAAUGCGAAAAAUAUAGUUCCUGCAAAAAAAUUGGCUGAAAGUUCAUCUGACAGCACUUCAAGUGACGAGGAUGAUAAUACAAAUGAGAACGUGAAGCCACCAAUGCAAGGGAAAGCAGUUCCAGCAACAUUAAGCAGUAAUUUGAGGAAAGCAGCUAUUACGAAAAAAUCAUCUGAAGCUUCCUCUGACAGCACUUCUAGCAGUGAUGAUGAUGCGGACAAAAAGUUGAGGCCAGGAAAUGUUGCCAGGAAAGCAGCUCCAGCUACUGUAAGUGCUAAUGCGAAAAAAACGAUUCCUGCAAAAAAAUUGGCUGAAAGUUCAUCUGACAGCACUUCAAGUGACGAUGAUGAUACAAAUGAGAAUGCGACGCCACGAAUGCAGGGAAAAGCUCUGAGGAAAGAAGUUCCAGCAACAUUAAGCAGUAAUUUGAGGAAAGCAGCUAUUACGAAAAAAUCAUCUGAAGCUUCCUCUGACAGUACUUCAAGUGACCAUGACGGUGUAAAUAGAAGUGUGAAGCAAUUUAUGCAGGGAAAAGUUCUUGGGAAAAGAGUUGCGGGCACGUUAACUGGUAAUUUGAGAAACGCGGCUGUUACGAAGAAGUCAUCUGAAUUUUCAUCUAAUAGUAGCGAUGAUAGUGCAGACAAGAAUCAGAAACAAUACAUAAAUAAGUCUCUUACAGUCCCGGAAAAUGAGAAACUUAAUGAUUGUGGGAAGAUUUUGGAUAAGAGGACUUCCAAGAUUCUAGCACAAACACCUGCGAAAGCUAUGUCUUGCACUGGGAAAUUUCGAGUUAAAGGACAUUUAGAUGAUGGCAGUUCGGAUUCCGAAAGCGAUAUUGAUAAAACACCGGCUAAAAAAACAAGGUUGCAGGUUCAUCACAAAGCAGCAGUGGCAAUUCGAAAGAAAGCAGCGGAUAUGAGCUCAUCAGAUUCUAGUGACAGUGACAGCAAUAAUGUAAUGAAGCUAGCGAAAAAUACGCAAAAAAAAGCUACCACCGUCUCGAGUAGUGCCAUGAAGAGUAACUCGAGUUCUCCGGAUUCUGAUGAGUUAGACCUUGAGGUAACAGGAAAAACUAAGGCAGCAAAAGCAAUUAGAGAUAAAACCUUUUCAAAUGAGAACACAUCAUCUUCUGAUUCCAGCAGUAAUAGCGAAGUAAGGAAAGCACAAAUUGCAGCCGUUGCAAAUCUCAAACAGCCAAAAAAAUCGUUGCAGCAAGUGGCCGUUCAGUCGGAAGUCAAGUCGAGUUCUGAUUCAUCUUCAGAUUCCGAAACAGUUAUUCCUGAAAAAAUAGCACGGAAGCAACAGCCAGUUAGGCUACAGCAUCAGCAGGAAGUGACAAGGAAGCAAAAAUUAAUGGGUGAUAGUUCAUCUGAUGGUAGUUCUUCCGAUGAUACUGUAGUUAAGACAGCUGAAAUGAUUAACAAAGCGGAUAGGAGAAAGAUUGAAAAUUCGUCAGAAUUAAAUCUGAGUAUAAAUAAAGUCAGCACCACAUCACGUGAACAUUUACAUCAAAAAUCAGCAUUAAAACUGUCAAGUAAUUCCAAAGUUUCUGUAGAAAGCAAUUCCGAAACUUCGUCAGGUUCAGAUUCUGAUGAAGCUACUUUGAGACCGUCGCAGUUGCAAACUGUAGCAGAGGUGCAGAUAAAUGGCAAACCUAAUCUUACAAAAGAUUCUGCUACCUCAUCAGAUUCAAGCUCAGAGAGCGAUAUGACUUCAAAGGAAAGAAACGUUGCAGUUAUUUGUAAGCAGGCUAAUAAAGGAACGUCAAAAGAUGUUAUCGGUUCCACAAAGAAAGCAGCAGCGAAACAGUUUGAUCAUUCUUUAAGUGGAACUGAUGAAGGCAAUGAUAAAAGGAAAGGUAGUAAUACUCUGGGGAAAGCUAUCGACACUCUGAAAACAGAUUCGUACGAGGAGGACAAAAAUAAAAAGAGUCGGAGUCAAAAAAACGCAGAUUUAAAGAAGGAAGACAAUAACACGGACUUGAAGGAUGAAAAUGAUAAUCCGGAGAAAAUGGGCAACAAUCAGAAAAGUAUGGGCAAAAACAAUAAAAAACAAAAGGUAUUGCAGAAUGAACCGUUUCGUCGAGUGAAGACUUCGAAGGAUGAAUUGCAUGACAAAUUUCGCGAUAAUUCUUAUCGAACAAAAACAUACGACCAGUGGGGUAGAAAAGCGUAUGAAGAUAUGAAAAAUGUACAGGGCAAAGGAUUUCGGCAUGAAAAAACGAAGAAGAAACGUGGGUGCUACAGUGGUGGUAGUGGUGCAAAGAUUGAUACCAGCUCUCAUUCGAUUAAAUUUAGUAGUGAUACUGAUUGA